CGCUUUAAUUCCCGAGGCUGUUGGUGGCAGUUUGCUGUACGCCUGAGCCUGUUAACUGCUGGGCUGCCGGAUCUGCGGAGAGAAUGCAGCUCCCGGGCCCCUGGCCACCUUCCCAGCGCUCCUCUCCCCGCUGGCAUGGGAGCCCUUUUGAGGAAAGCGGAUGACAAUCUUCCCGAGGUGCCCAUCCCAGGCAGCAAUGCCAGGAUGCCCGUCUCUACUGCCCUCCAUCAAGAUGGCAGUCAGGAGCGGCCGCUGAGCCUGACGUCCACCACUUCCUCGUCUGGUUCCUCCCGUGACAGCCGUAGUGCCAUGGAGGAGCCUGCUGGCCCUGAGGCUUCAGCCCAGAACGGGGCAGGCUCCCCUCGUGGUCGGCACGUCCCCAACAGCAACAACAACUCCAGUGGUUGGCUGAACAUGAAGGGGCCCCGCUCCCCGUUCAACAGCCGGGCAGGGACGGGCCCUGUGCACCACAAACUCAGCUACCUGGGCCGCGUGGUGCGGGAAAUCGUGGAAACGGAGCGCAUGUAUGUGCAAGACCUGCGCAGCAUCGUGGAGGACUACCUCUUAAAGAUCAUCGACACUCCCGGGCUGCUGAAACCAGAGCAAGUCAGCGCGCUCUUUGGGAACAUAGAAAGCAUCUACGCAUUGAAUAGUCAGCUACUCAGAGACCUGGACAGCUGCAAUAAUGACCCUGUGGCAGUGGCCAGCUGCUUUGUGGAAAGGAGCCAAGAGUUUGAUAUCUACACUCAAUAUUGCAACAACUAUCCCAACUCGGUGGCGGCGCUGACCGAGUGCAUGCGGGACAAGCAGCAGGCCAGGUUCUUUCGGGACCGGCAGGAGCUGCUGCAGCAUUCCCUGCCUCUGGGCUCCUACCUGCUCAAACCAGUCCAGCGCAUCCUCAAGUACCACCUGCUGCUCCAGGAAAUUGCCAAACACUUUGAUGAAGAGGAGGACGGAUUCGAGGUGGUGGAGGACGCCAUUGACACCAUGACGUGCGUGGCCUGGUACAUUAACGACAUGAAGAGGAGGCAUGAGCAUGCGGUCCGGCUGCAGGAGAUUCAGUCGCUGCUCAUCAACUGGAAGGGGCCAGAUCUUACCACCUACGGGGAGCUGGUCCUGGAGGGCACCUUCCGCGUGCACCGCGUGCGCAACGAACGCACUUUCUUCCUCUUUGACAAGAUACUGCUCAUCACCAAGAAGCGGGGCGAUCACUUUGUCUACAAGGGUCACAUUCCGUGCUCCUCGCUGAUGUUGAUUGAAAGCACCAGAGACUCCCUGGGCUUCACCGUCACCCACUACAAGCACAGCAAGCAGCAGUACAGCAUCCAGGCCAAGACGGUGGAGGAGAAGCGGAACUGGACGCAUCACAUCAAAAGGCUUAUCUUGGAGAACCACCACGCCACCAUCCCCCAGAAGGCCAAGGAAGCCAUCUUGGAAAUGGACUCCUAUUACCCCAACAGAUAUCGCUAUAGCCCAGAGCGGCUGAAGAAGGCUUGGUCUUCCCAAGACGAGGUGUCUACCCAUGUCCGCCAAGGUCGCCGGCAGUCUGAGCCCACCAGACACCUGCUCAGGCAACUGAACGAGAAAGCAGCCAGAGCAGCAGGAAUUAAGCACGCGGGCAGUGCUGGCACCCUCCUGGACUUUGAGCAGCCACCCCAGGCACGGGACCUACAGCCGGAGGCUGAGGGGGCUGCCCAGGAGGAGCAUGAGGAAGAGGAGGAGGAGGCUGUGGAGGAAGAGGAGGAAGAACAGCAGCAACGGCAGGCCUUUCCGGUCUCUCUGGAAGACCUGGCAGGGCACGAAGGCAGUGAGAAGGUGUCUGGGCCAGAGCCCCCGGGCUCGGAGGAGGAGGAGGAGGAGGAGAGUCUGGCAGUGGCAGAGCAGGUAGCUGACUUUGCCAGCUCCCUGCUGGCCGCUCUCCACUGCUGGCACUAUCGGGCCAACGCUUUACUUUUCUCCCGGGGUGCUAUGGGGAAGAAGGGCUGCAGAGAUUCUGAAGGCCCUAAGAGCUGUAGAAAACCCAGCAACCGAUCUCCAACCAGUGCAGAAAAGCGCAUGAGCUUCGAGUCUGUCUCUUCCUUGCCAGAGGUUGAGACAGACCCUGAGCCAGGGACUGAGCAAGAGGUCUUUGCUGCUGUGGAAGGUCUCAGCGCAGAGGAGAUGCCUUCAGACCCAGAAUCUCCAGAAGUCCUGGAAACACGGCCUGACGCCCCCCAGGCGUUGUUGGCGAUGGACCACCCAGCAGAUGUGGUAGACUUUGUGGUGGCCGAGUGCAGUGAGGACCUUAAGGCCCUGAGCAGUGAGGAAGAGGAAGAAACGGGGACAGCCCAGGAGCCGGAGAGUCUCCUGCCACCCUCUGUGCUGGACCAGGCCAGCGUCAUUGCUGAGCGCUUUGUCAGCAGUUUCUCUCGGCGGAGCAGUCUGGCCCUGGAGGAUGGCAAGUCCAGUGGCUUCGGGACACCAAGGCUGACCAGCCGGAGUAGCAGUGUGCUCAGCUUAGAGGGCAGCGAGAAGAACCUGGCCCAGUGGGGCAGUAACCCAGAUUCCCUCGGCUCCCCGCCUGCUCCAGAAAUGGCCAUCAACGUCGGGUUGGCCACAGAGAGUGACCCUGCUGUCAAUGGGACGGAACCCCCAAACGCAGACCGCCCCGUGGAGCCCGACAGAUCUUCCUGCAAGAAGAAGGAGUCAGCACUCUCUACCCGAGACCGGCUGUUGCUGGACAAAAUUAAGAGCUACUAUGAAAACGCUGAGCACCAUGACGCGGGCUUUAGCAUCCGGCGCCGAGAGAGCCUCUCCUACAUCCCCAAAGGACUGGUGCGCAGCUCCGUGUCCAGGUUCAACAGCCUUCCCAGGCCAGACCCGGCACCGGCAGCUCCGGUGGGGUGCAAGAGGCAGGGGGCCUCCCGGCCGGCCUCGUGGACUCUGUUUGACCUCCCGGGCCCCGACCAGCCGGGCCCAGGGGAACUGGGUCCCGUCUCGGACGCUGAGUUCCGUCCGUCUUCGGAAAUGGUGAAGAUGUGGGAGAGAAUGGAGUCUUCCGAGAGAAGCCCGUGGGCGGGGCCGGGCCAGGCCCAGGCCAAUGGCUUUGAGCUGCAAGAACCGCUCUUCAUCCUGGAAGAGCCCGAGCUGGGAGCCAUCACCGAGGAGUCGGCGGCCGCCUCUCCGGGAAGCGCCUCCCCCACCGAGCGGCCCAGCCCAGCCCACCUGGCCCGCGAGCUGAAAGAGCUGGUGAAGGAACUGAGCAGCAGUGGCCAGGGGGAGCUGGUGACCCCGCUGCACCCCCGCAUCGUGCAGCUCUCCCACGUGAUGGACAGCCACGUGAGCGAGCGCGUCAAGAACAAGGUCUACCAGCUGGCCCGCCAGUACAGUCUGCGGAUCAAGAACAUCAGGUCGGCGUCCAGGCCUCCUCUGCAGUGGGAAAGGCCAGCUCCCGAGACGGAGGCGCAGAGCCCUGCCAUCCCCUGCCUGCAGGAGGAAGCUGGAGAGCGACCAGGCAGCAAAGGCAGGAGGAAGCCCGCGCUGUCCCUCCUCAGCUACGAGCAGCUGGUGGCCCAGGCGCACAGCCCUCCCAAGCCCUCCUCUGCCGCCCAGGCCUCGCCAACGCCGCCGCCGCCAACGCGUCGGUUCUCCUCCAGCUCUUCGGCUGCGUCGCCUGGGGCCAGGCCCUCGGCCCGGAGCCCCCUUAGUCCCCUCGACGCCGAGACCUUCAACUGGCCCGACGUCCGAGAGCUCUGCUCCAAGUACACCUCCCAGGACAAGGCGGCCCCGGCCAAGGGCGGCCCGCCAGUCAACCGGAGCCGCUCCUUGCCCGACAGCAUGGUGGAGCGUCCGGCGUCCAGCAGAGCGGGCCGCUGCUGCAGCCUGAGGGACCGGGGAGGUGUCGAGGCCCCCCAGCCCCUGCCCCCGGGCUCUGCGGCCCCGGGUUCCCUGAAUGGAGAUGAAGCUCUGUACGUUACCGCAGACCUCACGCUGGAGCACAACCGGCGGGUGAUCGUCAUGGAGAAGGGACCCCUCCCCAGUCCCGCUGUGGGGCUGGGAAAGGAAAGCAGUGGCCGAGGACCGAGCUCACCGCCGCCGGCCUUGGCGGGGCAAGGCCAAGAUUCCCAGGAGUCUGCAGAGUACGGGCCCAGGGAAGAAGGGGUCAGGGACCCAGCAGACCCCAGCAAGCAGGGCCGCGUGAGAAACCUGAGGGAGAAAUUCCAGGCCUUGAACUCCACAGGCUGACCCGACGCCCAUGGGCUGGAGAGGACCCAGGCGUGCUCUCCCGCUGAGUCUCUGGUCCGGGGCCUCACCAAGGCUGUCCCCGUUUUCUUCCGGAAGAAUGCUCUGGAAAGUAUUGUUGUCCACUCUGCUGUCAGUGCUAAGUGCUGGCUAUGCCCCCCGGGGUGUGGGGGAGGGCUAUGAGAACUCUCCUCAGGCCUAGAUGAGCCACUUCCCUUGUAAAUAGUCCUCUGAUACGAAGCCAGAUGUUUUUAUUUAAAUUCACUCUGCCCAGGGAGAGCAGGCACUGCCCAGGCAUCCCACACACUGGCUGGUCACUGCCCAGCUGAGGACCCGGAGGGAAGACAGCCUGGGCUAGCUCUGCUCGUUAACUGCCUUUUCUUAGGCUCCAGGCAGGAAUGAGGCCAAUAAUUUAUUAUUGCUUUCCAUCCUGUGGUGUGUGUAUGUGAGCGAGUAUGUCUUCCUGUGUAUUCUCUCCUCCUCUGAGGAGUGUUAACGAACUUGGUUCAGGUACUUUGGAAGGCUGUCUUGCUGGUCCUGUGGUUGUCGCUAACGGACACACAUUUCAUUAGUUGUCAAUGGUGUUAAUAACCACUGCUGACCAACCAA